AUAGAUAUUUGAAUCAAGUUUUUUUAAUAAAUUUAUUUGAAAAUAAAAAUGUUGCACGUAUUUUCUAUAAAUCGAGUCAAAGUUGUUGGCACACAAAUUAUGACAACAAAUAUUUAGAGACAGAGAGUAUUUUUGCUAAUGGAGGAGAGAAGGGAGCAGAGAGAAGACUUUGGCUAUGCAGCGGUGGGCCUAGAUAGCAAAUGCAUGUGAGGGGGAUAAGAAAAAGAAUGUGAAACAGAGAUAAAAAGUAGCACAACAUAAUAAUAAAAAACUUUUUAUAAACAAAUAAAAGAUAACUAUAAUAUAGUUUAUCCUUUUCAACUUGACUUAUAGCUAAAUAUUUUGCUCUAUGAUUGGACAUGCUCGAACCUCUCCAUCAACCGCAGCAAUCCCAAGGACCAUUAGGCUUGCUCUAACCUCUUCACCUACCAAAAUGAUCCCAAGGACAACACAACGUCGAUAUUGCACUACAAUGUUUCUAAUGCACAUAUAGAAAUAAAAUAUUCUCCUUCAAUCCUCCCCCAUAUCUCUACUUUUAAACAUAAGACCUUAACUAGAACAUUGAGGUGACUAAGGCAACAAAAUGUAAGUAACCAAAUACAAUUUUAUCAAAUGUGGUUUGCGUGUAUAAAACAACCAAACACCAAGACACUGUAUAUGUUUAUGCUCGUUUAAGUUAUGCUACAUACAGUAUAAUGCAAGCAACCAGUUAAACCCUAAGAGUGUGUUUGGUUGUGUAACUAGCACCCAAUCCAGACUCCAAGAAUGCAGUUUAGCUUUGUUUGAUUGCCUAUUUUGGCCCUUAGCUAGGCAUACCUAUGCACCGAUCAUCCCUUGGUUUCGCUACCUAGAAAUGAUUAACUACCUAAUUUUCGAAGAACCUAGCUUUUAUAUGGGGGAGGCCCGAUUUUGCUCACUUCCUUUUGCUCCACCAUUGCUAUGUGACUAUGUCAUCAUUGUCUCUUUCAUUGGCGUGCCCCGCCAACCGCUGCUCCUAGGUCUGAUACAUCUCCACCCUGCCAACUACUACCACCAGAUCCACGCUCCACCUCUACACUGACAGUUGCUGCUCCUAGAUCUGCCCACAGCAUGUGUCGUCUGCCAAGAUCCAUCUCGUGUCUACCCCUAGAGCUCCAUCUUUAACCCCCACCCCCGCACGGUUGUGACUUCGUCUCCACCAUGUAACCCGCGCUCAGGCCUCCAUGCCCUCAGCCUACACGCACUAUCUACCUAUUGUCGAAGGUCGUGCCUUGGGUGAGACGGCGUAGAAGAGAGCCGACACAGUUGUGGGGGCCCAUCACAACAAGAGAUGAGGGAGGGGUGAUUUCAACUAAAACCUACCUUCACUAGGUAGAUAUGAUCCUAUCCAAGCUAGCUAAAUAAUCAAACAUGAUCUGGAUAAGCCAAGCUUCACAAGUAUGAGUAAACCAACACAAACUUCUUGUAUUGCUAGAACUAGGUUUAGGUUGCCCUGGCUUAGCUAUUUAGCCAGGACAGAUCUGAAACAUGAAUCAAACACACUUGAUGAAGUGAAUUGGUCAUCUAUCUCUGAAAGAUGCGUUCAAGCAUCUAAGCAGGUAGGGUUUUUUAGGGUCUUGCACUUAGAUCUCUUCUGUUCUAUAACUGAAUCAUACCCAUUUUAUCGCAGUUAUUCAAUCAAAAUUAGAAAUAAAUAAAUUGGUAAUAUUGCGCAUACCACUUAAUUAUAACUACCUAUGAACACACAUAAGCACGUCUAUAAAUGCACCAGAAGAAGUAAAUCUCUAAGUUCUACAGCUGACUGUAUGAUGUUGUGUCAGUAGCAUAAGAAUAUAAAAGGAAAAAUACAUCUUCGACACUAGAGGAAACAUGCCAAACUAACGGUACCGUAAGAGUGAUUUGAUCAUGCAAACAGUCUGUCAUUGCUGAGGCUAACGAGUGACAGUGAUCAACUAUACUAUCUGCAAAGAUCUAGCUAGGGUGACAUCAGGGAUCACGCACCAUGCAGGUCAUGCAUGUUCUCUCACCUAAGUUCUAUCGCAAAGAAUACAAUAGAAGCUCUGUCCCCUCAGAAUUAUCGUAAAGCUGCGCUGGUUUGCCAAAACGCGCCGGCACGUCCGAGUCCGAUGUCUUCAAGUGCACCUUGCAGGACAACAAGCAUUAAAACCAGCUGAUCGAUCGAUUUGAGGCUUAAACAUUUACGACGCAUAGCUAUAGGAGCGCAGCUAACCAAGAGCCUAAUUACAACACGUCAGGUACGUAGCCAUGGAACCGGACGCCGACGAGGUGGUGUUCGACGCCCCGGGUUACUUCUGUAUGUACAAGAGCGGCAAAAUAGUUCGUGUCAGCCAACCGCUCGCGGCCGCGGGCGUCGACGAUACAAGCGGCGUCUCGUCUAAGGACAUCGUCCUCGACGCCGACACCGGCCUCUCCGUGCGCCUCUUCCUUCCCAGGCGCCAAGGACCUUCCGGCAAGAAGCUGCCGGUCCUCGUAUACUUCCACGGCGGCGGGUUCCUCAUCGGGUCCGCCAAGUUCGCCACGUACCAUAACUACCUGACCUCCCUUGCGUCCGCGGCCGGCGUCCUCGCGGUGUCCGUCGACUACCGCCUGGCGCCCGAGCACCAGCUCCCGGCGGCCUACGACGACUGCUGGGCCGCGCUCCAGUGGGCGGCGUCCGCGCAGGACGACUGGAUCGCCGAGCACGGCGACGCCGGCCGCGUCUUCGUCGCUGGCGACAGCGCGGGCGGCAACAUCGUCCACAACGUGCUGAUGAAGGCGUCGACCGGGGGGUCGUCUGCGGACAACGGCGGCGGCGCGCCGAGGAUCGAGGGCGCGGUCUUUCUCCACGCCUUCUUCGGCGGCAGAACGCUUAUCGACGGGGAGCCGGAGCGCGCGGUCGCCAUAGCGGAGAAGGUGUGGACGUUCGCGUGCCGAGACGCGGCCGACGGCGCGGACGACCCUUGGAUCAACCCGACCGCGCCGGGCGCGCCGUCGCUGGAGCGCCUCGGGUGCCAGCGGGUGCUGGUGUGCGCCGCGGAGAAGGACUGGCUGGCGGCGAGGGACCGUGCGUACUACGCGGCCCUGGUGGACAGCGCGUGGCCCGGGAGCGCCGAGUGGCUCGAGUCCAGCGGCGAGGAGCACGUAUUCUUCGUGACCAAGCCCGAGUGCGAGAACGCCAAGCAGUUGAUGGACCGCGUCGCGGCCUUCAUUGCCGGGGCCUGACUUGCUCCAUGGGCCUUCGGAAACAUUGGAUUGGAAGCCGAAAACUAUAUUCAGUUACUUUAUAUAGCCUUCCGUCCACUCUGUUAAGGUGUAUCAUGAGGUUUUCUAUUUAAGCUAUAUGCAAUGUCUAAAUUACCCUUGCUUCCUUUCUUUCCCCUUCUAUUGCUCAUGCUCAAAAAGGAAAA